AUGAGCGGCACCGGCGCCAGGUCCAGCCACCUGUCUCAGCCGGUCGUGAAGAGCGUGCUGGUGUACCGCAACGGGGACCCCUUCUUCGCGGGGCGCCGCUUCGUCUUCCACGAGAAGAAGGUGUCGAGCUUCGACGUCUUCCUCAAGGAGGUGACGGGAGGCGUUCAGGCGCCCUUUGGGGCCGUCAGGAACAUCUACACCCCGCGGACCGGGCACCGCAUCCGGAAGCUAGACCAGAUCCAGACCGGGGGCAACUACGUGGCUGGGGGCCAGGAAGCCUUCAAGAAACUCAAUUACUUGGACAUAGGAGAAAUCAAGAAAAGACCAAUGGAAGUUGUGAAUACAGAGGUAAAACCAGUCAUCCACAGCAGGAUCAAUGUGUCAGCUCGCUUUAGAAAACCACUUCUGGAACCCUGCGCUAUCUUCUUGAUUGCAAAUGGAGACCUUAUAAACCCAGCUUCUCGACUCCUCAUCCCUAGAAAAGCCUUGAAUCAGUGGGAUCAUGUACUACAAAUGGUCACGGAAAAAAUAACUCUGAGGAGUGGGGCUGUCCACAGACUUUAUACUUUAGAAGGAAAACUGAUUGAGAGUGGGGCAGAGUUGGAGAAUGGGCAGUUUUACGUGGCUGUCGGCAGAGAUAAGUUUAAGAAAUUGCCUUAUAGUGAAUUACUUUUUGACAAGUCAACGAUGAGAAGGUCUUACGGUCAGAAAGCCUCUUCACUACCUCCUAUUGUAGGAUCCAGAAAGUCUAAAGGGAGUGGAAAUGAUCGCCAAUCUAAGUCAACAGUCGGAUCCAGCGACAACUCAUCUCCUCAGCCCCCAAAGAGGAAAGGGAAAAAAGAAGAUGUGAAUUCAGAAAAACCCACGAAAGGGAAACAGAAUGUAAAGUUAAAGAGUUCGCCGCAAACAAUUCCAAACAGUGAUGAAGGCGUUUUCAAAGCUGGUGAGGAAAGAUCAGAAACGCGGGGGGCUGCAGAAGUCCAAGAAGAUGAAGAUACUCAAGUUGAGAUUCCAGUUGACCAGAGGCCAGCAGAAAUAGUAGAUGAGGAAGACAGAGAGAAAGAAAAUAAGGAAGUGGGACAGAAGGAAGACUUUUCAGGAAUGAAUGGUGGAGUUGAAGAGGAAGGAGGCAGGGAGGCUACCGAAGCUCCAGAGCAAGCAGAGGAGAUCCUGGAUCACAGGGAGGAGCAGGCAGGUCCUGCUUGUGUGAGCAGAGGCACCAAUGAAGAAAAUGGCGAGGAACUGGACCAGGUUAAUAAUGGGCUUCAAGAAGCAGUGGACGAGGAGAUAAAGUCUCAAGGAGCUGGCAGUGGAUGUGAAGAGGCUGACUUGGACCCUCAAAGACCACCAAAGCCAGGAGUAAAAAUCACCAGCUCACAAGAAAAUGAUAACAAUGAACAAAACAAGGAUAAUCUGUCAUAG